AAGAGUGUUAAUGGAGUGAUAUCAGGGAUGAGAGUGAGGAUGAAGUGGCAGUUAUUUGACAGAACAUCGGACAUGACAGGUCUGUCAUACAUAUGCCACGUUCCUUCACCUUAGCCUCUUUCUCUGGUUUUUUCAAUUUCAGUUUUUUGCAAUGUUAUUCCUAUUGCCACCCAAGUUCCCUUCGCAAACGCGCUUGCCUUUUCCCUCUUCUCCCAAACUGAAGGUUGUGUCCGAAACCGAUGUCUUCCCUUCAUUUGUCCCUAAAGAAGUCCACAGAAUCAAAGACCCUUUUGCGAGAAGCCUUUCUAAACGGAUUCAGAGACUUCCCGUUUCUGUGAGGUUCUUGGAAGAUCCUAUCAUGAGUAGUUGUGUGAAGCCGAUGAUACAGAACAAGGAAAAUCCAGUUGUCCUACUUCAUGGCUUUGACAGCUCAUGUUUAGAAUGGAGAUACACAUAUCCAUUGCUUGAGGAAGCUGGUUAUGAGACAUGGGCAUUUGACAUUCUUGGUUGGGGUUUCUCUGAUCUAGAGAAACUUCCUUCAUGUGAUGUGGUGUCAAAGCGUGAUCAUUUUUAUCAGUUUUGGAAGUCCCACAUAAAAAAGGCAAUGAUAUUGGUUGGUCCAAGCCUUGGCUCUGCAGUUGCCAUUGAUUUUGCAGUCAAUUAUCCAGAAGCUGUGGAAAAGCUUGUUUUGAUUGAUGCUAGUGUGUAUGCAGAAGGAACAGGAAACCUAGCAACCUUACCUAGAGCAGCAGCCUAUGCUGGGCAGCUAGUAACAUCUGUGACACAGAAGCGUGGAAAACAAGUAACUAAGUGGGUCAAUUUGUGGAAUGGUAAACCAAUGGAGGAGGCAUAUGUAUUGAAGAGCACUCCAUUACGCUUAUAUGCUAACUUUUUGAGCUUUACAAACUUGUCUUUCGGUACUAGCCUCGAUUGGACUAAUGUGGGUCGCUUGCAUUGUUUAUUUCCAUGGUGGGAAGAUGCUACAGUUGAUUUUAUGACUAGUGGUGGUUAUAAUGUUGUCUCCCAGAUAAAAAAGGUAAAGCAGAAAACUCUAAUAAUUUGGGGGGAGAAUGACCGCAUAAUCAGCAAUAAGCUUGGUGUGCGACUGCAUUGUGAAUUACCUGAUGCCGUUAUACGCCAAAUACCCGAUUGUGGUCACCUCCCUCAUGUUGAAAGACCAGAUUCUGUAGUCAAACUCAUUGUUGAAUUUGUUCAGAGCAAGACCAAGACAGCAAAUGAAUGUGUUUCACCUUUGUGACAAGGAACCAUGUUUUGUUUUUCUAGUUGCAGUUUUUUUUUUUUCUCAGCUCUACUCCGAUACAAAAUACACACACCAUACCAUUCAUUUUGUGUCAUGUCUUCGAUGGUUCAUGCUCACUUUUAAGACAUCGAUUCUUUCCUGUAUCACGAUUUAAUGGUGUAGCAACUAUAUCCAUUACAUUCA